GUCUAGAUGGGCAGGUUUCGAGCGAAGCGGCCGGGUGCUGGAGCCGAAGAAAAGAGGCGGAGCUCCCGGAACUGGAGAGGCAGAGCUCCUCGUGAGGAGUCAGGCGUCACCUAGUCAGGUCCCCCGCCAUCCACUGGGCACCCCACACGGACGCUUUCGGGCGCCAUGGGCGCGGGCGGAAGCCAUAGCUCGACGGGACCCACGCUGCUGGCGUCGGUGAAGGCGGUGCAUGAUCCAAAGGAUACUUCGUGGCAUCCUCCCAUCACCUACGCGCUGUGUGUCGCUGGGGGUGGAGCGCGAGCCUUCUCCUACAGCUUGGGUGUCUUUCGUGCCUUGAGCGAUCUCAAUUUGCUGGACAAGAUCGAUGGCAUUGCGAGCGUCUCUGGGGGGACCUGGCUCUCCUGCAUCUAUGUCUUCGCGAAAACCUUCAAGGGCUCCCCCGUGAGCAGCGCGCAGCUGCUGGGGGCCACGGCGCCGCCCACGCGCGCGGAGGAGCUGUCGAUGUCCAAGUUGCAGGAGCUGCAGCCGGCCAUCGCCUCGGGUUUGGCGGAGGGCGACUCCGACAAGAUCUUGGCGGAGUUGGCUGUCCAGUACGUCGGACGCGAGUGGGAGGUCUGGCCCCAGGUGAUGUCACGUUGGCUCCUGCGCCACUUCGACGAGCUGGGCAGCUUGGACCGUUGCCUGGCGCAGGACGAGGCGCACGUCGCGCGCAUCACGGCGCGGAAUCCCUCCUUGGAGCCGAAGAGCUUCCUCACGCCGCGGCCCGACCGGCGGCAGGCGCUGGUGAUGUGUGGCGCGGCGCUGGCGCCGGUGGAUCGCCUGGCGACCAAGGCGAACGCCGUGGUCUUUCAGAUGUCGGCAGACUAUGUGGGCAGCCCCUUCUAUCCGAAGAAUACGCAGGUGGACUACCAGAAGGCACCUCUAUGCCCCUGUGAUGCCUGCUGCUACCAGUCCUGCAAGACCAUGCGGACAGUGGGAGGAGGCUUUGUGGAGUCCUUCGCCUUCGGGGGCACGGCGCCCACCAAAGGCUCUGAGCAAAAGGGCGGCACAGACGUCGCCGUGGGCGCGCCGGCGCGGCCCUUCUCGCUGCCCUGCGCUGCGGGGAUCAGUAGUUGGGGCCCCGGCGGUGCCUUGAACGAGUCGGAGCUGGUGGCGGACAUCGCCAAUAUCCGUCAACUCUACUGGCCGGUCACCUCUCCGCAGCUUCCGAUGCCACAGGCAGCAGUGGAGUACGAGCUGGCCGAUGGCGGCUGUGUGGACACCAGCGGGCUGCUGUCGCAGCUGCAGCGGAAGGCGACCAGACUGGUGUCCAUUGUGCCCAGCGACGCGCCGCUGGAUGCCGCAGCUGUGAACGGGCCGACGGUGACGGUGGAGAGCUUUAAGCCGGACGUGGCCGGGGUCUACGACGCGCUCUAUGUGCUCUUUGGGUAUGAGAAGCCCGGCACGGGUCGCCUGCGGCAGAACGAUCAGGUCUUUGAUCGAGCGCUCUUGUUGCCCAUCGUAAGGGAGCUGAAGGUGCUGGUGGAUGCUGGAAAGCCCGCGGUGCUGAAGAAGACCCUCCAGGUCUUGCCGAAUGAUUGGUGGGGCAUCGCUGGGAACUGUGAAGUGGAGCUCAUCAUUGUCGUCCUGGAGGUGUGUCGGGAGUUCCAGGAUCUUCUGCCGGCGGACACGAAGCAAGAGCUGGCGAAGUGGGAUGGGGCGUUUCCCCACUUUCCGUACUACAAGACCGUGCUGAACAACCUGACGGACCUGCUGGGCCUCACCUGGCCACAGGUGAAUCUGCUGGCAGCCCAGGCGGAGUAUUCAGUGAAGACGAACGCAGCGCUGUUCCAAGAGCUGUUCGCCGCGUAGUGACGCCCGGGCUUCCUUCGGUCAGAAACUCCGUUGGUGCGACGGUCCCUCCUGAAAGAUGUUUUUCAGCGACGCUCGUGGCGAGAAGGUCGCC